GCCAUCUGCGACGUGGUUCUCGAGGAGGACGACAGCGGCAAGCGAGUCUGUGGGCCUCAGGUCAUCAUCGGCGGAGCCAUGAAGUGCGGCACGAACACGUUGGGCUCCCUGCUGCAGCUGCACCCGCGGGUCAAGUUCCACUACUGCGUGAACCAGGAGUGCGAGCAGUGUCACGACAACCCCGCGGGCUGCCAGGAGAAGUUCCAGGGCUCUCCCGUCUAA